CCUGUUGUAAAUGGUGUACAUAAGUUGCUGAUAUUUUCGGGAAUCCCAUGAAUGGCCGACGGCACAACUCGGAGCCUACCGAGCGAGCAGCGAGUGGGGAGAAGCGGAAACCAACGACGAGCGUCGUCCGAGCUGGAAGCACCUGCCCGGCUGUCUGUCUCACAACAAGCCGAGGCUCGACGACUCGGAUGGGGGUUUGAGAGCCGCUAACACCGCGGACAGACUACAAUAGAAAAGAAGCAGACGAACCCGCGCUCUUAUUUUAAUUUUUUUUAAGAAUGCUAUCGUUUUAUAACGUGUCUGAAUCGUUUCAGAUCAAAGGGUCGGAAUCGGGGGGAAAUAAUCGUAACACUUGUAAAUAAGCAGCAAGAAAAAAGAAAACAAUAUAAUUUACAGCAUGCUCAGCUGUUGUCACAUAAAAUCAUCGCGGGACUGACGAGGCACGACCUUCAUUACAUAUGGAUUUACCUGAAGGAAUUCACAUAACAAUUUGAAAAAAAAACCCAAAGCACUUCAACUUUCUGGAAAGAUGAGACAAAGCCCUCUGGCUUAGUGUGUUCACUGAGAGACGUGUGGCUUUCUUUGAUUUCUUCACCACAAGUCUAUUUAGAUGAAAAUGUAGGAACAUUAUGAUGAGGCAGAUGAAGACAAAAGCUGUUCUUCAACAGUCAUGCUCUCAUCCUCCUACAUUAUUGUAAGACAUCAGUGAAAAGAAAACAGAGUAAGAAGGGUGGAUUAGAGGGGACAGAGUUGCCAAAGUAAGGAAUCCUUCACCUGACACACUGAAAGUGCAGCUUGGCAAAGAGGUGAGGAGGAGACACACUAAAGAGAGAGAGACGGGGUCUGACGGUGGAACAAAGAUUUGGAGGAGGUGGAGGAGGAGGAGGUCUAGGAGGACUGGGAAAGACCAUUCCCUAUGGCUACUGACCCAGGGGAGCCCACAGGCACCGAGGACUCCUCAGAGAAGCCUGCUGGACAAAAGGAAGAGGCUAAAGAGCGGAAGAACAGGACAGAUCAACACAAGGAUGGGCCACCUAGCACUCCCUUUGACUCCUCCUCCUCCAAGACUCAACGGGAAAGACAGACACAAGGAGAAGAUAGAGGAAUUAGAAAAGGGGGAGGAGAGGGAGGAGGAGAAGAAGAUGAAAUCUUCUAUGAGUUUGAGGAGACCCCAGUUUUUGUCUCCAAGCCUGGCUUACCUGGUGACACUGGUCAGAAACCCCUGAAACGGGAGAAGCGCUUCUUCAGAAAGAGUGUGGAGAUCUGUGAGAUAGAUGACGAGGUCGUGAUGCCCCCUGAGGCUUCUCACAGUGCCCCCCAUCUGGAGCUGCUCUCCACAGAAUCAAGCUUUGGCAUUGCCCAGCAACAAGCAGCUGCUUCUUUUUGUGCAGCUCUGGGACAUGACCCAUCUCAGGGUCGUGAAACUGACAAGGAUGCUUCUUCAUCUGUACCUACCCCGAGCGUAAGGGAAAGGGAUCGUGAGCAGGAAGAGGAGGCAGAGAUGAAGGCUGUUGCUACCUCUCCUGGAGGAAGGUUCCUCAAGUUUGACAUUGAACUUGGCAGAGGAGCCUUCAAGACGGUGUAUAAAGGCCUGGACACUGAGACCUGGGUGGAGGUCGCAUGGUGUGAACUUCAGGACCGCAAGCUGACCAAGGCGGAGCAACAACGCUUCAAAGAGGAGGCAGAAAUGUUAAAAGGGCUUCAGCAUCCCAACAUAGUUCGCUUUUAUGAUUCAUGGGAGUCUGCGCUCCGUGGAAAGAAAUGCAUUGUACUGGUCACAGAGCUCAUGACGUCAGGAACCCUCAAAACUUAUCUGAAGCGGUUUAAGGUGAUGAAACCCAAGGUCCUAAGGAGUUGGUGCAGGCAAAUUUUGAAGGGCCUUCACUUCCUUCACACCAGGACUCCACCAAUUGUCCAUCGGGAUCUUAAAUGUGACAACAUCUUCAUAACAGGCCCCACAGGAUCAGUCAAGAUAGGUGACUUGGGACUAGCCACUCUCAUGAGGACCUCAUUUGCCAAAAGUGUCAUAGGAACCCCAGAGUUCAUGGCUCCAGAGAUGUAUGAGGAGCACUAUGAUGAGUCUGUGGAUGUGUACGCCUUUGGGAUGUGUAUGCUGGAGAUGGCUACUUCAGAAUAUCCCUACUCUGAAUGCCAAAAUGCUGCUCAGAUCUAUCGCAAAGUGACAAGUGGUAUAAAGCCAGCCAGCUUUGAUAAAGUACAUGAUCCAGAAAUCAAGGAGAUCAUUGAAUGCUGCAUACGUCAGAACAGAAGCCAGAGACUCUCUAUCAGAGACCUCCUGAACCAUGCAUUUUUUGCAGAAGACACAGGGGUACGAGUAGAGCUGGCAGAGGAGGACACAGGCAUGCAGGACUGUCUAGCUCUUCGGAUUUGGGUUGAAGAUCCUAAAAAGCUGAAGGGGAAGCACAAGGACAAUGAGGCCAUAGAGUUCAGCUACGAUCUAGAGAACGAUAGUGCUGAGGAAGUUGCUUUAGAAAUGGUGAAGUCUGGUUUCUUUCAUGAGAGUGAUACCAAGGUGGUAGGAAAAUCCAUUCGGGAUCGAGUGAAUCUAAUUAAGAAGUCCAGAGAACGUCGACAGCUGCAGCUUCUUCAGCAAGGUCUUGAAGAACGCAGAGACUCCACUAUCGCCGCCUAUCCAUUUUCUUAUCCCUCCUGCCCAUCCUCGCUGAUGCAAGGUGCAGUUGGUGUUACAGGAGGUGGAGAAACUGGAGCUGGAGGAGUAGUUCGUGAGGCUGAGGAGCUGCCUGAAGUAGAUCAGCAUAGCACUGGAGCAUUGGUCAAUCCUCUGAUGCUCAGCAUUGGUGAGAGUGGAAGUGGUCCAAAUGUGCCUCUUGGUCAGAAUGUUAGUUUGUCCAGCAUGCCCAUUAGUAAAAGUGAAGGAGGUCCUGUUGCCCAGGCGUUACUUCAACCCAACAUCACGGUUCCACAGAUGGGGAUGGAUGUCCAGACUUCCACUGUACAGCAGCAGCCCCAACAGCAAAUGGAGGCCCAGGUGACUCUCAUUGAACACAUUCGUGCCAUUCAGCUGCCACUAGGACAGGAUCAACAGAGCCUUUCAGCUUCAACUAUCCAGAAACGUCAACAGGAGCCUGAGCAGCAGACAUUUAUUGGAAAAGGUGAAGCUUUAAGUCAAACAUUACGUCCAGUUGUUCAGGCCCAACAGCAAUCUACAAGAAGCUCUCUCGAUUCCUCUUCCAUUCAGCCCAUGUCCCAGUCUUUGAUGUCUCAGUCUAUAGAGCAGUACCAGCAACAGCUGCAGAAUUUGUCUCAACUCUUCACAUACCUCAUGUUCUUCAGCACCACCACCAUCUCUCCUAUCCCACCAUCCUACCCCAGCCCCUGCUACAGAAUUUCUUACAUCUCCACCAGUAGCCCAGUAUUUACUUUGUGUAUAUAUUUAAAUGCCACUCUUCAGGAUGGUCCAUUGCAGACAAGUGCAGAGUCUUCAUCUGGAUCUCUUCCAGCUAAUGGUGAAGACUCCCUGCAGCUUUCAGCAAAUGGGAAAAUGGAAAAAUCAAAGGCUCAAAAAAGAGCUUCUUUAUUGAAGCCUGAGAAAGGUCCACAUCCGUUUCAACUGAGCAUGCUCCAGGUUUCCAACAAAGGGGACAACAUGGUGGAAUGCCAGUUAGAAACCCACAGCAAUAAGAUGGUGACAUUCAAGUUUGAUAUUGAAGAGGACGCACCUGAAGAUAUUGCAGAUUACAUGGUGGAGGAGGACUUUGUUCUUGAUACAGAGAAGGAGAAAUUUGUUGAGGAGCUGAGAGCAAUAGUUAAAAAAGCCCACUCAGUUCCACAGUCGUCUCCAGUGGGACGCUGGCGCUUCUUUAUCAACCAGACCAUUCGUCAUAGAGACUCCCUGUCCAACCAGGGAACAGUCACGCCACCACCCACUGCAGAAUCAAGGAUUCCACAAUCUCCUCAACGAGAUAAAGUUGUAGAAGAUGAUGGAUCCCAAAGUCUUGAGUCUUUUGGUGAAUUGAUUUCUUCUACCUCAUCUCCAGUCUCUAUUGCCUCAGCCCCGGCUCCCACAGCUAUCCCAGUCUCCGUGGCUGUGGCCACUGGUUCUGAAACCAUCUCUGGACUGGCCUCUCUCUCACUCAUUGCCUCAAGUUGUCAUGACUUGCCAGUGUCCACCUCUUCUUCUACUAACCAGAUUAUCAAUCCUCUUUCAACUAAUGCAACACCUCCUGUUGCAGAUGCCCCCACAUUGUCCACAGCUCCUCCUCUUGUGUCUCCCUCACCCACCUCCAUAUUUCCUGGUAACUUUACCGCCUCUAUCAACACUGUUUGCUCCACUGCAGCAGCUGCCCCGUCUUCAUCAUCUUUUAAGUCCCCUCUUCCGCUUGGCAUGGUUUCUUCUGCAGUAAAUCAACUUGCCAUGGAUCAGCAGCAGACAUUCACACCAGUCACUUCAAACCUACAGAAGACUCCAACAACACAACAACUGCAAGCAAUGCAUUUUGAAAAAGAAAUACAGCAAAUAACACCCCAACAACAAUCAACACAACACCAAGGCAGUCAAGAACAAAUGUUCCUGCAGCAAGAACAACCCCAACAGUCUCUCCAACAAUUACAGCAGCAUCAACUUAAUGAAAAACAAAUGCCACUUCAGCAGCAACUGACUGAAGUGCAAAUUCUACCUGGGUCAGGUAAUACAGAAGUGUUACAACAGUCUGUGCCUGUACAUCAAUUUCUGCCACUAUUACCUGUACAGCAGACCCAGCCUCAGCAAACACCACCGUUUGCCCCACAGUUGCUGCAGCAGACUCAGUUUCAGCAGUCACCUCAACAGGUUGUUGCACCUCUAGCUGAUUUUGUGGCUCAGCAGCAGGAGCAACAGCAGGAACAAUUAAAUCUGCAGCAGACAUUACACUUACAGCAACAGCAUAUAAUACAGCUGCAGCAACAGCAGCUGUUAAUGGGUGCUGCAGCUCAAAACCAAUUGUUGUCGUCAUCGGUUGGUCAACCAUUAGUUCCUCAGCAGGCACAACUUAAUGUUACUGCAAUACCACAACAGCAUGUGCAGUCACAGAAAGUGCUGCAACACCCUGAGCAACAAGACGAGAUGGUUAAAGCUGUGGACACGCCACAGAAACCGCUGCAGUUCUCAGUGCAGAAGCAGUCGUCUUUGCAGCUGUCAGAGUCAGAGGUGUCUGCAGGUGAGACAAGUGUCACAGAGGACACUAGCAGUUAUUCUGCCCCAUUUCACCCUUCAUCUGACUCUUCUCUGCCACUUCUCCAUUUUGCUUCUGCUGAAACCCACUUACCUAAUCUCUCCCUCACUAAGACACCAUCCCCUGCACAGCCAUCCUCUGUAGCUGAGUCAGACAGCGAAGGACCCCCGAAAAUGGGCUUUGUAGACAACCGUAUGAAGACUUUAGAUGAGAAGUUGAGGAACUUGUUGUAUCAGGAGUACAGCGGUGGGACUGCACAUGCUGGAGCUGCCUCUGCAGCUGUAUCAGCUACCUCCACAUCAGUUGGGGGUGAUGAGUCAUCUGAACUACAAUCACUCCAACCCAUACUUUUUCACCCACUCGCUUCUUCUUCCGACACCUCCCCCCAUUCCUCGUCUUCUACUACCUCCUCCACCACGCCCCGUUCCUCUUCCACCUCACCUGACCCAGAGAGGGAAGAAGAGGGUAAAGCAUCUAUAGACGUGCCCAACCUUAUGCAGCUGAGCCCAGUGGAGCAGCAACCUGGACCAUCUCUCCCCUCCACUUGUGCCUCAAACACUCUGCAAUCGUCUCUCUUCCCUCCCAGUCUCGACACAUCUGCUGGCCCCCAGUGCUCACUUGUACCAGGAGAACCAGCUAUAUUUGCUGUACCACCACACUCUGACACAAGUGCCCUUGGAGAUGCAUCAUGGCCCCCCAAUCAGCAACUGAUCCCCCUUCAUCAAGGACAGCAGCAGCACAAUGCAGGAGGUGGAUAUUUUGGCCUAAACCUGACAUGUCCUAGUAUCAGAAAUCCGGUUAGCAAGAAAUCCUGGACUCGAAAAUUCAAAAACUGGGCAUGCAAACUGCGUCACUCCACCAGCUUGUUCAAGAAACCCAGAGUCCAAGAAGACGGACAUUCAGUCGGUCUUCCACUUGACGAUGACAAAAAGGAGACAUCACUGAGUUUAUCUCAGUCCCACAAAGGUCGAUUUCAGGUGACACCAGUGCCCCAGACCACUCCUCCAAAACAUACACCAUCAAGCCAUGGUAGUACUCACAGGAAAGUGGGACGCUUCUCUGUAACCAAGACAGAGACAAAGAAAGAGGACAGGCAGACUGACAGCUCACCAGUGUCUCCUGAUCUGGAAAGGGGGAGAAGGAAAUCUCAGAUGAAGGAAUGCGAUAAAGAAGAAAGUAGGAGGACCCCAUCAGUGGCCCACCUGCCUCGAGGAUUUGGACAUAACCACUCACCGCUGGGCAGCAGUGAUGAUGAUGAUGAUAAUGAGAGUGAGCUGGAGGAUGAAGAGCUGAGAAAAGAACUACACAAACUCAGAGAAAAACACAUCGGAGAGGUUGUUUCUCUUCAGGCCAAGCAGAACAGAGAGCUUCAGGAACUUUACAGACAACUUCGUUCUCUUAAAGACCAAAGACAGAGUCUGCCUGCCUCCCUGUGCCGAACCCCCCCUCUUCCUGCAGGACCUCCUGUCCUCUCUCCACGCAGGCCAAGGCCAGCCAAAAUCAAGCUUCGGCCACGACCUCACUCUCACAUGGACAACAAUGGAGUUGCACGCUCUGGGAUUCAGCAGUCGAGUAGUUUUUCAGGUGGUGAACAGGGUCGACUGUCAUCAUUCUGCAACUCAAAUCUUCGUACUUCAAGUCCUGCUAAAGCAGAUCACAGUCCCUCGAGGACGAGCACAUUCACAGACGAACUGCACAAGCUUGUUGAUAAUUGGACAAAGGAGAUGGUGGGCCCUGUUCCAACCAAGCCUUCAUUGAAUCAAAUCAAGCAGAUUCAGCUGGUGCAGGGAGGCUGGAGCCAGUCAGCAGAGAUCACACCACCAAACUGGUUUCCAGCAGCACCACUGAAUCCCCAGGCACCUCCAGCCCCUGCAGGCUUGACAGUGGCAGCCGCCUCUCCUUACACAGGGGGAGGAAGCCUGGCAACCCUCCCCUGCCCAGGACCCCAGCCUUCGCAAAGUCACGCGGCUCAAGUGCCACAGAUGCAGCAAAGUUUACACCCCCAUCAGCCUGCCCCCCUCCAGCAGUUGCCCUAUCAGCAGUCCCCUUUGUGCCAGCAGUUGUCACAUCCUCGGAUGCAAACCUCCAUACACUCACAGACACAGCCCACUCUUUUGCUGCCCCAGUCAGCAACACAAAGCCAAUUGUUGCUGCCUUCCCAAACCCCACUAUCACCAGUGUCCACAGCCAUGUCUCUGCUGCAAGGCACUGGCACCACUGUACCCACUGAAAGCACGGCUGUUACUGGGGCAGUGUUUUCCUCCCCUUCGUCUCCCUCGACUACCUGUUCCUCUUCUUGCUCAACUGCUGCUUUACCUUCCAGUGCCAAAAAUCACCCAACACCCCCCACUUCUACUCUUCCUCUGGGACAGAAAUGAAGCCUAGUGAAUUGUGAGGUCAAUAUGAAGAUUCGAGAGAAGGAAAUGCUCAGCGAGUCAGGAUGUAAGGCAGAUUCGUUUAGAGCGUUAGUUGAAUUCAUGUGUGAGAAAACUGUGACUAAAUUGAAUUUAAGGAUCCCAGCUUGCUUCUGAAGGAGAUGGGAAAAGAU